AUGGGUGUGGAUCCUACAGGAGCAUCGCUUCAUAUUGGACAUCUAGUCGUAUUACUGCCUCUUCUUCAUUUUUAUUUAAAAGGGCAUUUUUGUUACGGAAUAGUUGGUGGCGGAACAUCACGUAUUGGAGAUCCAUCUGGUAAAAUGAAAGAAAGAAAAAAUAUGAGUUUAGAAUGUAUAACUGAUAAUUGUUUAAAAAUUGAGAAUCAGCUCGAUAAAUUUUUUAAAAACGGGACAGCAUAUGCACUUAAGCGAGGAUAUGACUCUUCAAAAAUUGGAAAAUAUUAUAUUAUUAAUAAUUUAACAUGGUAUAAUCAGCUUUCACUUUUUGACUUUUUAAAAAUAGUUGGAUCGAAUAUUCGAUUGAAAAGAAUGCUUUCAAGAGAUAGCGUGAAAAAUCGACUUGAAUCAGAUCGAGGGAUUAAUUAUAGCGAAUUUACUUAUCAGUUGCUUCAAGCGUAUGAUUUCUGGUAUUUGAAUAAACAUCAUAAUGUUUCGCUACAAAUAGGAGGUAGCGAUCAAUGGGGAAAUAUUGUUUCAGGAAUAGAACUUAUUAAUAAAAUGAAUCCUCAGGAAAACCAAACAGAUUCAUUAAUAUUUAGAAAAGAACCAUAUGGGAUGAUUGUGCCUCUAUUACUUAAGAAAAAUGGAGAGAAAAUUGGGAAGAGUUCGGGAAAUGCUAUUUGGCUUAAUCCUGAUAUGUUUAGCCCUUAUGAACUUUAUCAAUAUUUUAUACAAUCUUCAGAUGAAAUUGUUGAAAAAUAUUUAAAAUUUUUCACACUUCUUCCUUUAGAUGUUAUUUAUGAAAUUAUAAAACAACAUUCUAAUAACCCAGAGAAACGCUAUGCGCAGCAUAAACUUGCAGAAGAGAUUGUUAUGCUAAUUCAUGGACAAGAGGAAAUGGAAAAAUCUAGAACUGUUGCGAAAUUGUUAUUUUCAAAUCAAGAAAAAGAUAAAGAAUUGGAAAUUUCUCAUAUUUUUAAGGUAUUGUCGGAUAAACAAGAUAUUAUUACUUUAAGUAAAAAAAAAGUUAUUGGAAUGACAAUAUCUCAAAUAAUUAGAGAAAGUAAAGUUAUUUCAAGUAAAUCAAAAAUAAAUAAAUUAAUACAGAAUGGCGGAGUGUGUAAUAAUAAAGAAAAAAUAACUAAUCCAUUGACACAUGUCACAGAAGAUUGGCUUAUUGGAAAGAAAUUUCUUAUUUUAAAGUUAGGAAAAAAGAGACACAUAAUAAUCAAUGUAGAAAAUUAAUGAAAUCAUUAUUAUUAAUCUUAUUGUACAAUAUAGUAUUUAUUAAAAAAC